GAUAUGCUUUCGCGAUGUACACAACUGAUGCCGAAGCAAGCAAUGCUAUUCGUAUGUUUAACAACUACAUGAUAAGACCUUCUUGGCAAUUGGGCGUGUGUCCAUCAAUUAAUAACUGCCGCAUAUUUAUAUCGCGUAUACCACCAACUACCCCGUCUGCGGAGAUUAUUCGCUUGUUAUACGCACUGACGGACGAAGUGCAAGAAGUGCGCAUACGUCGGUCGAUUGCUUCGUGCGCAGCAAUCGUUGAGUACAAGUCUCACCGUGGUGCUGCUAUGGCCAGGAAGGCCUUGGUUGCUGCUGCUGCUGCUGCUUGGGGAUGUGGCGCCAGACCUGCUGUGGACUGGUCACUCCCGCAAUCCCCACAACUGCUCAAACAGUAUCGAGAGGUGGGACGGUGGACCCCUGAACGUGGAGUGGAGUUGACUCGGGUACCCGAAGAACCCGCAACUACGUCGCCGCCGCCUGCUGCGCCAUCUUAUACACUUGAACCAUGGUCUCAAGCACGACGCUUGCGCAUGAUUCACGAAGCUCAACGUAGUGCCGCCGCUGCUGCUGAGUGGUCAAACCGUAUUAACAACGGCAUGGAGUCUUUGGUAUCGUCGAUGACUUCGCUAGGUUUCGGAGGCGGGUUGGGGUUAGCAGGUCAUGAAGCUGGUGUUUGGGCGCCCCCUGGGGCACCUGGAACUGGUCUGGGUGCUCCUCGCAUGCAUACUCCACCGCAGCCGCGUGACUUCAAUCCAUGGACAGCGCGCCAUCCGCUGCAAGAGUUCAUCACUCCCGGCAAAGAAAGCCAGUGA